AUGCUCGAGGACAUGUCUGGUCUGCGAAAGUUGUCAGAUAUAUCUCAGAACGAGUUUGUUGGUCACGUCAAUGACCUUCGGCAGCGGUUUCUAACUGCUUGGGGAGACAGUAAAAGAGUAGAAGCCAUAGAGGUGAUCACCGAACUUGCACGGCUGCUCUCUGCUCCUUCGACACCGUCGUUCUUUCCUGUUCAGUGGAUCCUCGUCACCGAUAUUAUCGACUUAUUUGGUAGUUACGUUUACGAUCGCUUGUUGUCGAAAGCCAAUGAGGAGAGGAAAGUUGCUGGAGAGGGUGAGUUGCCUACUGAUUUUGAAUCGAAUGCCGUGCCUCCCGGUGCCGUUGAAGUGGCGAGGAAUUGGUUCAGCAAAGUUGAAGAUAUAAAAGAGGUUGUUCCUCGAUUCUACGUAGAAACAACGCUGAUUGGAUGUCAACGGUUUCUAGACAACACUUCUUUGAGACCUAGUCUUCUUCGACUCGCUACUAUGAUUGAAAGUAAGUCUUUUGAAAGGUUCCGCAACCGAUGCCUGCCAGUUUCUCCGGACAAUUCAGAAUUCACGCAUCCGUUGUCGGCCGCCUACGCUCGCGCUUAUAUCUGCAAAAUAGCUAUGAUUCUCGACCCAGCAGAUCGAGGUCCUCAUUGGAAGGCGCUUAACGACCUGAUGCAGUCUUCAAAACAACCGACCGAGUACGUCACUCCUGCACUGGAGUGGAUUGUGCAGUGUGUGUCAUAUGGAGCAACAACAAUCGAAGAUCUUGGACCACUCUGGGAGUAUUGCAAAAAAACCGAAAAGCACAGCUCACUCAUUCAUGCUUUUAUGAUUGGAAUUUCUCUCAAGUACCUUCUGAAUCAUUGCGUUGAAGUUUGUGAACUUAUUGUCUCUCAAUCUCUCCCUCCAAAAGAAUUGGAAACAUUCGGCUCUCGAUUGCUCUUGGGUGAGGUAGCAGAAGGUUUACACCCGAAAGUUUUCAGUUUGGUGUGGCCCUACAUUUCACGUUUCGAGAAAGAGGAUUUCAUGAAGUGUUGUGCUGUUUGGAGUAAAUUCGUCAGUCGGUACUACACAUUGAAAGAACUUGGUGAUCUUUGCGAACUUACUUUGCAGAAAUUAUCCGGUGUCAAGGAUCCGAGCGAAUAUUAUGGUUACCUGGCAACAGUCAUCGAAAACGUUCUAGAUUAUGCAGGCAGCGACUUUCCUUCUCUGAUGAAGAAAAAAUCGCUUAUCGACCUUUUGGACUACGUGAGAGAUGAACCAUAUGGGUCACGUUGUGCCAAAGCUGCCCUUACUGCCAUCAUUCGAAUGUUUGAAGUGGGAAGUGUUGCGGAUUUGGAAAUCAUAGACCAGAUUGUCGAUCAGUGCGGCCGCCUGUGUCAGUCAAUCCGACCAGAAACCAUCAGUGAUGAGGUUCGAGUGAUAGAUCGGCUUGUGUCAUCAGCGCUAGAUCGCCCAUGGUUGCCCAAGGACCCAGAAAGGCAAUUGGAUUUCCUUUGUCAUGCACGAUCACUCCUCUAUCAAAGCGACGGUUGCAUGGCGCAUGUCGUGACGUUGAUGAUAGCGUUCGGCUUCCGAUUCUAUGCCGAUUAUCCAGCAUCCACCAAAAAGGACGACUUUAUAAGGUUCGUUUCGGAAUGA